UCGGACGGACACGCGGACGUCGCCCCUACGUCAAUUCCAUAUGUGGUGCGGAGUAACUGAGGAGGUGCGCCGACGUUUUGUUUAAAGGUUCUGCAAAAAUGGUCCGCAAGUUGAAAUUUCACGAGACUAAGCUCCUUAAGAAGGUUGAUUUCAUCAACUGGGAGGUGGACAACAACCUCCACGAGUUAAAAGUGUUGCGGCGGUAUCGCAUUGAGAAGCGAGAGGACUACACGAGGUACAACAAGCUGAGCCGCAAUGUCCGAGAGCUGGCAGGCAAGAUUAAAGAUCUGAAUGAGAAAGACUCCUUCCGUGUGACCUGCACCCAGCAGCUACUGGAGAAACUCUACGCUUUGGGCCUGAUCCCUACCAAGCAGAGCCUGGCACUCACAGAGAAGGUGACGGCCUCCUCUUUCUGCAGGAGACGUCUGCCCAGCAUCAUGGUGAAGCUGAGAAUGGCCCAGAACCUGAAGACCGCCAUCACCUUCAUUGAACAAGGCCAUGUGCGUGUCGGGCCAGAGAUCAUCACGGACUCCGCCUUCCUAGUCAGCAGGAACCUUGAAGACUUCAUCACUUGGGUGGACUCGUCCAAGAUCAAGCGUCAUGUGAUGGAGUACAACGAGCUGCGUGAUGACUUUGACCUUGCCUCCUGAGGUUGGCCCUUGGGCACCAUCUCGCCACGCUUUGCCCGUCUGCGUGUGGAUCGUCGCUCCCCAUUUUUUUUGUAAUCACAAGUUCCUAAGCCUGGAGCCGUUAAGCUUCGGUGUUGAACGCAGAGACGUCAAGCUGUCUGGGGUGGCAGACACACAAGUUUUUAAUUUAACAGAACAGAAGGAAACAGAACUAAAGAUGGCUGACCUACCCCUUGGAUCCCACCCCCCACCUUCUAUGUACCUCACAAUGGGGUUGUAAGCUCUGGCACACCUGUGUGCCCACAGUAUCGAGCAAGUCAGUCUUCAGCAGUAUGGCACCCACAGGGGCACAUUGUCUCUGGUAGAGGGCCUGACAAAGAAGCCAAAAGCAAUGGCACACAAAACCCUAGGUGUUCAUAGCCACCAGAAGCGCACGUAGACGAUGAGCAUCACGAAGAAGACGGCUACUGCCGCAAGCUUGGCGUACGUAGAGCGUGUAUUCAGGUACUUGGCAUCGGUCCGGUACUUCUUGGAUAGACUGGACAAGUUGCUGGCCUUCGAGUCCAAAGCUGCAAAACAAAAAGACCAAAUUUUCAGAGAACAGCAGCUGAGGGGUCAGGGUGGGUUUCAUUCUAAGUUGUGGUCUCCUUUAUCUGAGGAACCAUUUUAGUGGCUUCUUUAAAAGGUGGCAGAGUCAAAAAAAAAAAAACCAAAACAAAGAGCCCACUGCCAUGAGCAGCCUGGCAGUCACAAGUUCGGUAUGGUAUGUCUUCAUCUGUGUGUAAAUAGUCUGAUGUUUCACCCUGUAACAUGUUUUUAAUAAAACUGAAAUGCCAUUACUGGUGUCGGCAAUCAAAA